CGGAGAGUGCCGGCCCGGGAGGCGGCGGUGUCCGCGGGCGUGCGUGAGGAGGCUCGGAGCCCGGAGACUCGCGCAGCGCGAUGGCCCCCAUCGGCCUCAAAGCCGUGGUCGGAGAGAAGAUCAUGCAUGAUGUGAUAAAGAAGGUAAAGAAGAAGGGAGAGUGGAAGGUGCUGGUGGUCGAUCAGCUGAGCAUGAGGAUGCUCUCCUCCUGCUGUAAGAUGACGGACAUCAUGACCGAGGGGAUAACAAUUGUGGAAGACAUCAACAAGCGCAGAGAACCACUGCCCAGCCUGGAGGCUGUGUAUCUCAUCACUCCAUCUGAGAAGUCUGUCCACUCUCUCAUCAGUGACUUCAAGGACCCACCAACCGCCAAGUACCGGGCUGCACACGUCUUCUUCACUGACUCUUGUCCAGAUGCCCUGUUUAAUGAGCUGGUAAAGUCUCGAGCAGCCAAAGUCAUCAAAACUCUGACGGAAAUCAACAUUGCAUUUCUCCCAUAUGAAUCCCAGGUAUAUUCCUUGGACUCUGCUGACUCUUUCCAAAGCUUCUACAGUCCCCACAAGGCUCAGAUGAAGAAUCCUAUUCUGGAGCGCCUGGCAGAGCAGAUCGCAACUCUGUGUGCCACCCUGAAGGAGUACCCAGCUGUGCGGUAUCGGGGGGAAUACAAGGACAAUGCUUUGCUGGCUCAGCUAAUCCAGGACAAGCUCGACGCCUACAAAGCCGAUGACCCAACAAUGGGGGAGGGCCCAGACAAGGCACGCUCCCAGCUCCUGAUCCUGGACCGCGGUUUCGACCCCAGUUCCCCUGUACUCCAUGAACUGACUUUUCAGGCUAUGAGUUACGAUCUGCUGCCCAUUGAAAAUGAUGUAUACAAGUACGAGACGAGUGGCAUCGGAGAGGCGCGGGUGAAAGAGGUGCUCCUGGACGAGGACGACGACCUCUGGAUAGCGCUGCGCCACAAGCACAUCGCAGAGGUGUCCCAGGAAGUCACCCGUUCUCUGAAAGAUUUUUCUUCUAGCAAGAGAAUGAAUACUGGAGAGAAGACCACCAUGCGGGACCUGUCUCAGAUGCUGAAGAAGAUGCCCCAGUACCAGAAAGAGCUCAGCAAGUAUUCCACCCACCUGCACCUUGCCGAGGACUGCAUGAAGCAUUACCAAGGCACCGUGGAUAAACUCUGCCGAGUGGAGCAGGACCUGGCCAUGGGCACGGAUGCUGAGGGGGAGAAGAUCAAGGACCCCAUGAGGGCCAUCGUCCCCAUUCUGCUGGACGCAAACGUCAGCACUUACGACAAGAUCCGCAUCAUCCUCCUCUACAUCUUUUUGAAGAACGGCAUCACUGAGGAGAACCUGAACAAACUGAUCCAGCAUGCCCAGAUCCCCCCGGAGGACAGUGAGAUCAUCACCAACAUGGCGCACCUGGGGGUGCCCAUCGUCACAGACUCCACGUUGCGUCGCAGGAGCAAACCAGAACGGAAGGAACGCAUCAGUGAGCAGACCUACCAGCUCUCACGAUGGACCCCGAUCAUUAAAGACAUCAUGGAGGACACUAUUGAGGACAAACUCGAUACCAAGCACUACCCUUACAUCUCUACCCGCUCCUCUGCCUCCUUCAGCACCACCGCUGUCAGCGCCCGCUACGGGCACUGGCAUAAGAACAAGGCCCCGGGGGAGUACCGCAGUGGUCCCCGCCUCAUUAUUUUCAUCCUUGGGGGCGUGAGCCUGAACGAGAUGCGUUGUGCUUAUGAGGUGACCCAAGCCAACGGCAAGUGGGAAGUGCUAAUCGGUUCUACUCAUAUUCUUACUCCCACCAAAUUUCUCAUGGACCUGAGACACCCCGACUUCAGGGAGUCCUCUAGGGUAUCUUUUGAGGAUCAGGCUCCAACAAUGGAGUGAGAGCCAAAGAAACAAAGUAAAAGCAGCUUAUUACAGAAAAGAAACUCUUCCACUCUGAAGGGUUUUCUUUGAUUAUUCCGUCACUCUUUUUCGUUCUUUUUCCCUUUUCCGUUUAUUAUUUCUUUGAUUUUCUUUCAACGAGAAAAUGCUUGCACUUCUUAACACCGAUUGAAAAUGUGUCCGAUGCUGCCUUCACACACCCUGCCACGGGAGCCUCGGGGCCCCGGCUUGCCAGCUCCCUCGUGCCUGGGGUCACCUGCUGCUCAGCCGGCCAGCUGUAGCCUGCUGGGUUCUAAACCGAAAGUGAUAACAACAGCCGUGAAUGGCCCUCCAGAGGGAGCUGGAGGUUGAGGGAUGCUGGAGCAUGGCGCCCAAGCCUGCUGGCCCAGGGGUGAAUCUGUGGGCACGAGGCAGAGAACGCAGAGUGUCCUGGUUGUGACGUGGUGUGGGAACUGAAGAGUGAGGCCAGCAGGUGUUCAAAGGAUGGUUGUGUCCAAGAAGCAGAAGUCCAACGGAGAUAGCCAUGGGCACCUGAUCGGGAGGAAGUCUUGGCAGAGAGUAUCAGAAUAGACUCCAGGUCAGGGGGAGGUGGACAUGCAAAUCCCUCUUUCCCAGGACAGGCACUUAUCCUGAUGAACAAUUUAUAAGGGGUGAUGGGGUCACAAGCCACCAUGAACUUGGUGAACUCCAGCCAUCAGUGGAAAGGGCUUGUGCCUCAUGUUCCUCUGGGCAAAACAGCGCUUAAUAGUGAUUUGCUCUUCAGUGGCUUGUUUUUAUUUUAAUUCUCCUGUGGAUUCUUUCGGGAGUUGAGUAAUCACAGCCCUACUCCCAUUGAAGUCUCUUGGUCAGAUCUGAGAGCCUUUGGGUAGAAAUCUGUUCUUAACACCGUGCUGUUUUAAAGAGCGUCUUUUCCUCUCUCCCGCCACGCUCGUCCCUUACGUCAGCUUCCCAGGAACCCGUGGUCUGUUUGGUAGACGAUCCAGGUGUUGUUCUUGUCCUCGUCCUUCCUGUCUCUCCAUCCUUCAUGCGUGCUGGGAACCCCCUGUGAGGUGCUGAAAUGGCGGGCUGAUGCUGAAGUGCCCCACCACAGCGUUAGUCCUUCCUCAGCUUCAUUUCCGCUCUGUGAUGAGGCCACAUUUUGUGUCCCUGGCUUCAUAUACGCCACUGAUGAUGGACCCUGAAAAUGCCCCCUCCCCCUGGGCUAGGCGUGGCCCGCUGAGUCACGGAGCACGAGUCACCUGUGAGCAGUGGGGAGACCUGGACUCUUGCCCCAGCUCUGCCACGAGCACCUGUGACCGUGGGAGAUCGUUCCCCCUUACUGGGCCGCCGUAUGCGGGUCACAGUGGGGCUGAAUCGCAGGGCCCCGAGGCUCCUCCAAACUCUGACUGGCUGUAAUUCAGUAAUUCAGAUUGAUGACUCAAACCGUGCAAUCCUGCCCGCUCUCGUGCACUCUGGUGAACCUCAGGGGAGUGGUCCAUCCGAACAUUGGCUAGGGAAUGUCAGAAGCGUGCGUGUUUAUAUAAAGAGAAUGUGCUCUGUCCUAAAAGGACUUGCUCUAAAGGUUGAACAGGAGGCAACCUGUUGAUCUCCUCCCCUUUCCUUCCCGUGGUGGCCGAGAGAUGGCUCCCCCAGGGCAAUGGUGAGGUGAGAAACAGCGAGUAGUUGUGAGCCAGGACGGGGGCUGGUUAUGGCCCUGGGCUGCCUCUGCCCAGGCUGCCUUCCCUAGAAAGCGAGGCCAGGGGGGUGGUGAAUAAAAGCAAUUGUUAAAAAACAUCAUCUUUUAGAAGCCUCUCGGCAGGUUGGGGAUCAGACACCUGGUCCAGUGUGCAGGUGGCAGGGAGGUGGACGGCAUUUGCUGCAAGAUGUAUUUUAAGACUUCUAGAAGGACAGAUGUUCAGUCGAGGCUGCAGCAAUAGCAGACCAAUUGCAGGGUCUAAAAGAAUCACAAACCCAGACCCCCAGGGCUCCUGCUAGCUUUCGUCAUGGAUUCCCUGCUUCAGAAGAAGCCUCUCCUUCGCAGACUUUUCCUUUGCUCUAUGUUCGAUCAGCAGAGAGGCUCUUGGCUGCCAUGAGAGCAAAGAGAGUGCGGGUAGACUCUGGUUGUCUAGUCUUGGCUUCUGAAGUGCUUUGUUGGGCAGUGUUGGAUUUUCGAGAAUCCAGUUAAGAAAAAGUGAGGCACAGAGCCCUAAGAGCUGGGAGGUCAGAAGGCAGAUUACCAUCUGACCUGCCUCAUCCUAUUGUGAUUGUCCAGGUGACCAAAGACCAGGCAGAUUGUUGCAGAGCUGGGGGUGUCUCCUCCCAGACACCUGUAUUUGCAGGAACUUAGCUGUUAAGAGAAGAUGAGUUUCCCGCUCAGUGGUGAAUUAGAGCGUCCCCAGCAGGCCCGUGUGUGGGUGCCAGGGCCUCGCUCUGUCCUCCUGGCUCCUCUGUCUCCUGGAGCUGAGGCCGGUGCCCCAGGUCUGGUGUAAAGAGAACGGGCAUGGAUCGCUGAAGUGCACAGUUACCACCAAGCCUCAUCUUAAUCCUCCCUAAUUAGUCAUCCCCCAAAAUUGUCUAAGAAAUGAACUCUUUUGAUCAGGUCUUCACCUCUACCCUCUGGUGGUGUAUGUUAAAAGUACUGGUCACUGGGGCAUGUCCGAGAGGCUGUCAGAGGCUGAGGAAGGAGGGCUGAACAGCUGGAUUAGACUAUUAUAUGGCACUUAGACUUGGGAGGAAGUUUUUGUUUCUUUAUAUUGAAUAUUUGCUUUAUUCCAGGUUGGGGUCAGGCAAGUUUCAUUUUUCAGGAGGACUCAGAUUUGUAUCUGAAUUCAGAGCCGAACCCUGGCCCAGCUGCUGUUUAAGCAUUCACUUACAUGUCCAUUCGGGGGCCAGGAGGCCACAGGGUGCCCGGAACUGAGACCAGUGGCAUGGCUUACAGGCCUGGCUGUGCCCCCAACCCACUGUGAGCGAGCACGCCAUCACUCUGGGCUUCAUUCUCCAUCUGUGAGUGCGGGGUGGGCCAGACCGCUGUUCUCCAAACCUGGCAGAUCACCAAAUUCACCUGUGUGAAUAUGCACAUUCCCUGGUGCCUCCCUGGAUAUUCUGAGUCAGUAGGUCUGUUUCAGCCAAAUCCGGGAACGACUAGACCAACUGAUUUUAAGGACUCUUCUGAUUUUCAAAUUCUGUCAGGGUAGAAAGAGGAUUUUGUGCUAGCAGAGCUGGCUCUGUCUGGCCCACAGCCUGACGGACUUCUGGGUGACUUGGUUUUUGGCGACCACUGUUCACCUGUCACAGUCUUCCAGUUCUGGAGGGUAAGAGGGACCCUGAGAACAGUAGGACCCGCUUGCUGUUCCAGAAGACCACAUGGUCCGAUGCCUGUGGGUUCAAAAUGAGAACGUUUGCAAAAUGUGGACUACAAACUCACCCAGCCCGAUUUGCAGUGUUGGUGGUGGUGAAAAGCUUAGCCACGUAUCAAAACAGUGCAGGUGAUUGGGUGGCAAGAACUGGCUCUCAGGUGGUUUAUAUUAACACCAGCUCGUCUGGGUCCUUUAAAGAGAGCGGAUGAGUUGGGGGAGAGCCCCAGAGGCCUCGCUGGUUGUCCAAUACUCUUGGUCCUGGAAGUUUUCUUCUUUCAGUCAAAGACUGGGAACACCAGAUGGUCAGCAAUCAGAUAAUAUCAGAAAGUUCUAGAGCAUGGAUUCCUUAACCUCUUUUUGGCUUCUCCCAAAUCCUGAAUUUGCAUGUAAGCAAAGAUAGGGAGUGCGUUGGGGUGGGCAUCUGAUCAGAGGCCCCUUUUGACUUUUCCUCUAAAGCGAGUCUGCCUUCUUGUGUCCUGGAACUCAGUGGAUGGCAGGGGAGGGCGUUAGGGAUGGUUUCUCUGGAGUGUACACUGUUAUUGCCUUUAGCUGGGAAGUGCUAAUCCCCGCACAGAGUACCCAGCGGCUGUCUUUCAGAGUGUAGACACAGACUGCACCAAGUUCAGGUUUGUCUGCAGAAUAACGAGUCGGCUUUAGAGCUCGGGCUGGGCAGGCUGCACGCUCAGGGCAUCAUGCUCAGCACCCACGGGAAGGAGCCAAGGACUGGUUCCUCCUCAGAGCAGUGACCGGGCUGGGGCCUGAACUGCACAGCGUGGGCUGUUGGAAGACGCCCGUCACUCGAGAGAGGGCUUUACAAGUUUUCUGCUGGUCUGGACUGACUGGGAAGGUUCAAGGCUUGCGGUUCCAGUAGUCACGGGUCAGCUGAGCAAGUAACCGUCAAAGGCAUAGGGACCCUGGUAUUUGGAAUCACUCCCAACAAGCCAGCCGAAGCCUGCUUUUGCCUGCCCUCAGGGUGGAGCUCUGGCAUCGUGUAGUUUCUGCUCCCUUCCUCCCAGGAAGGCCUGUUCCCUUGCCCGCAUCUCCCGGGAGGCACAUUUUCAAGUUCGGACGUCUUUUGUUCAGUUUCUCCCACCAGGAUCUCUUUCUUUGAAGCCCACUGCUGCAUGCGUGCAGGCCUCAUGUUCACACACCAGUCACUUCUGUUCUGUUUGAGUAAGUCCAUGUCCAAACCACACAAUCCAUGCAUCUUUUUUUACUGCACUUAUUAGAUCUCUCUCCUUGUGAAAAAGGACUUCAUUUAUUUUUAUUUUUUAUCUUUUUAUUUUUGCAGUAGAAUUAUAUCUAAUUCCAUUAGCUUAAACUUUUGCAAGCAUUUCCAAUCUCUUACAAUGCGCGGUCUCUGCAAGGUAAGGCCUCAGGUACCUGGCCCUUUCCCUUUCACACCUGAGGUCCCACCCACCACGUCAGGACCAACCAGCUGGCUCCUGAGGUCAGUGGCUUCCCCCAGGGUGCUCUGCCCACCAACUUCCUCCCUACCAGGCACCAUUCUUUCCACACACAGUCCCCCUACCCACACCUGCCCCGUUCCCAGCCUUUUCCCCUGCCAUGAGGUUUGGAAUUUCUCUCCCUAGCUUCACCUUGAGUUCAAGAGCGAUUUAGAAAUGCAGCUGCCCUGUGCCCUGGCCCAUGGCGCUGAGCCCCGAUGGAGAGGCCAGCUCCUUCCUUGGUACAGCCUGGGACCUGCCUGAGCCAGAGGAUGUGUUUGUUUAUCCACAGUCCCCAAAUGUCUCCAAUGGCUAUGGUGACAUGGCCCCAAACCCCAACCCCCAGCCCCUCCCUGCUUCCACUAGACCAAGGCCAGGGUGGGGGUGGGGGAAUGGAUGCAGAUCUGGGAAUGGAGAAGAGCAGGAAAGGAAAAAGUGUUUCAAACUACAGCAGGCAAGCUCACUGUCUUUUCU